CCUUCCUGUGGUCUCCACUAGAAGUCAAGCUGGCCCUGCUGGCUCCGGUGGAGGGUGGUCAUUAGACCUCUCGGGAUAGUUGGGGGCAGUAGCUCUGCUGACUUAAGGUGGAGUGGAAUGGUUCCUAGACCUCAAGGCUGGGACAAGGACCACCCCCCACCAUGGUGAAACUAGGCUGCAGCUUCUCAGGGAAGCCAGGCAAGGAAACAGGAGACCAGGAUGGGGCUGCCAUGGACAGUGUGCCUCUGAUCAGCCCCCUGGAUGUCAGCCAGCUUCAGCCAUCAUUCCCUGACCAGGUGGUCAUCAAAACACAGACAGAAUAUCAACUUACCUCUGCGGACCAGCCAAAGAAGUUCGCAGAUUUGGAGGGUCAGAGGCUGGCCUGCAGCCACCCAGAGGAAGGACGCAGACUGCCCACUGCAAGGAUGAUUGCCUUUGCUAUGGCACUUCUGGGCUGUGUGCUGAUCAUGUACAAGGCCAUUUGGUAUGACCAGUUCACCUGCCCAGAUGGCUUCCUACUUCGGCACAAGAUCUGCACCCCACUGACCCUGGAGAUGUACUACACCGAGAUGGACCCCGAACGCCACCGCAGCAUCCUGGCAGCCAUCGGGGCCUACCCACUGAGCCGCAAGCACGGCACUGAGAUGCCCGCCAUCUGGGGAAACAGCUACCGGGCCGGCAAGGAGGAGCAUAAGGGCACCACCCCAGCUGCGAUGACUGUGUCCACUGCAGCUGCAGCUGCAGCGGCAGAGGGCAACGAGCCGUCAGGGAAGCCUUUGGACAUGAGAGAGAAAGAAGAUCCGCAGAAGGCGGAGGAUGUGCCGUCCCAGUCCCCCAAGUGACUGUCUGCCCCGCCCCCGCUCUGCCAGUGACUAGGCAUCCCCCACCAGCUUCUUUGACAUGCAUACUGCCUGAUGCAUCUCCACCCAGUGAUUGUGCUCCUGCCCCAAAGCACCCCACUGAAGUCACCCCACCCUGGUGGACCUCUGGCUCUGUUACUUUUCUUUAAGUAAAGACUCACAUCUAUCUGA